GCUAACAGGCUGGUAGCUGGGCAGGAAGUUAGGUGGGAAAGCCAAACUGAGAAUGAUGGGAAGAAGGAGGGCAGAAUCAGGAGAGACAAUGGUCAGCUGCCAAACAAGCAGGACAUGUAAAAAUUAGGAAACAAGUCAUGAGCCAUGUGGCAAACAUAAAUAGAAAUGUGGGUUAAUUUAAGUGUAAGAAUUAGCUAGUAACAAGCCUGAGCUAUUGGCAGAGCAUUUAUAAUUGAUAUAAGCACCUGUGUGGUAAUUUGGGAAGUGGCUGCCGGGUAUUUGGGUCUUGCUGAGGUGACAGAAACUUUCAUCUACAGAUACAUAUAAUGAGGAAGGAUGUACACAGUGUGUGGAGAGGAAAUAAUUGCAUUUCCAAGUCAUUUAGUGUGGUUUUCAAACUACUCAUUAAAAAUAGACUUCUUUUUUUUUAAAGAGACUUUCAUCUCAAUAAAAAUCUGUGAUAGGUCUGCAGUAAUGAAGACAACAGAGUAUUACAUGACACUCAGAGAAAACACUGGAACACUGGGGCAGACCAUUAACACUCUGAUUCAGGACAUGAUAGCCACUCAGAAGGGGUGCCUCACCUGUGUAACACGCUGUAAGGUAUUUGAAAUAAAAAUCCCAAAGGUAAUUCAAUCAAACAUAUUAUAAGUUGAUAAGUUUACAUGUGAAAACUAAACUUUCAAAAUAAACACAUUUUUAUGACAGUGAAUUAUGGAAGUUUAAAUGUACUAAACAAAAUUGAAAAGUAUUAACAGAUCAAAAUAAACACAAUUAAGAUGUUUCAUUGAUCAAACCACAAUAUCAACAAAAUUCAAGACAUAGACUGGGAAAUAUUUCAGCAUAUAUGUCUGAGAAAGAGAUUAUAGAUUAUAUUCAAGAUAAUUCCUCAGACCAACCAGCAAACAAAUAGAAGCCUCACAUCAGAAAAAUACAUAAAAGACAUGAACAAGCUCCUCAGAAGACACUAUCCUGAUGGCCAGUCAACGUGAAAAUGUGCAUCACUUCAUAAAUGACAGACAAAUGCCAAUUAAAUUUACAUAUGAAGUCACCACACACUCACUAAGUUCUAAAAAUCAAGAAGACAACACAAAUUCUAACAGGGAUAUGAAGCAACUGGAACUCUCAUGCUUCAUGGUCUUAGUACACCUACAGAUGCAAAAUGUUUAUCUUUUGGAGAAGCAAGGUAACCAAACCAUAGCAGGCCAGGUUCUCUUGAAUUUGGACUUAUUUUUAUCUAAGCUGAGCUAAAUAACAUUAUAAAAAUACAAUUAAUUAAACAAUUAUAACUUCCCACUCUUUCCUGAUGUAUGCUAUAUUUCAAGGCAUAUAUAAAAGUGCAAAAUUAAUUUUUCUAUAUGUCCAUUAUCUUUGAUUUCUUUAACAAAAUCAAAUAUUAAGCCUACACAAGAAAGCCAAUUCAUCCACUCAGUACUCUUAUGACAAAAAAUUAAUGCCAUCAUCGAUUGUUCUAAAAUUUAGAGCUACAACCCAAACUUAUUUCAGCAAAAUAAUAUUUAGAAAUUCUGAUUGCUAAGAACUGGAUGGUAAAAUAAAAGGAUACUGAAAUAUACAAAAUUUAAAUUUUGGAGAAAAUAGUAAAAUGAAAUGCAAGAACAAAUAAGGACGCUUGGUGGCGCUCCAGGAUAAGAGUGUGAAGAAUGGGCUCUGCAGACGCCCAGGACGCCAUCUCUUCAAGCAGAGAACCAGAACUUUGGCUGCUGUCUGAAGGAGAAGGUAAUAAGAAAGGUUUCUGGGAGAAUUUGGGAAGAAGGUGUCUCUCUAAUCGGAUUUAGUUCAAUAUUUUAACGAACCCUGACUGGAUUGUAAUCGCCUUGAAGAAGCAGCGCCCUCCGGACUGCAUCUGAACAAUGGAGACAGCUGUAGCAAAAACGCCAGCGAAAAGGCAAGUCGUUUUCCUUACUAUGUUGCUGCUUUUGUGGGAGGCUGAUUCUGAGGCGAUUAGAUAUUCCAUGCCAGAAGAAACGGAGAGUGGCUACUUGGUGGCUAACCUGGCCAAAGAUCUGGGGCUCAGGGUGGGGGAACUGGCCACCAGAGGGGCUCAAAUCCAUUCCAAAGGAAACAAAGAGCUCUUGCAGCUGGAUGCAGAGACCGGGAAUUUGCUUCUGAGAGAAAAACCAGAUCGUGAGGUGCUGUGUGGGGUGACAGACCCCUGUGUGCUGCAUUUCCAGCUCAUUCUGGAAAACCCUGUGCAGUUCUUCCAAACUGACCUGCAGAUCACAGACAUAAACGACCAUUCUCCAGAGUUCCCUCACAGGGAAAUGCUUCUAAAAAUCCCUGAGAGUGCCCAGUCAGGAACUGUGUUUCCUCUGAAAGCAGCUCAGGACUCUGACAUAGGGAACAAUGCUGUUCAGAACUACACAGUCAACCCCAACCUCCAUUUCCAUGUGGUUACUCAGAGUCGCGCUGAUGGCAGCAAAUACCCAGAGCUGGUGCUGGACAGAGCCCUGGACAGGGAAGAGCAGAGUGAGCUCACUCUAACCCUCACUGCUGUGGAUGGUGGGUCUCCUCCCAGGUCUGGGACCACCAUAGUUCACAUUGAAGUCGUGGACAUCAAUGAUAACGCUCCCCAGUUUGUACAGUCGCUCUAUGAGGUGCAGGUCCCUGAGAACAGCCCUCUCAAUGCAUUAAUUGUCACGGUCUCUGCCAGGGAUUUAGAUGUGGGAACUUAUGGGAAUGUAGCCUACUCUCUGUUUCAGGGCCGUGGAGUUACUCAACCAUUUGUAAUAGACGAGAUCACAGGAGAAAUUCGUCUGAGUGAUGAGUUGGAUUUCGAGGUAAAUAGUCAUUAUAGCAUAGAAAUCGCAGCCAUGGAUGGAGGAGGCCUUUCAGGGAAAUGCACUGUGUCUGUACAAGUGUUGGAUGUGAAUGACAACGCCCCAGAGCUGACCAUCAGAAAGCUCACAAUUCCUGUCCCAGAAAACUCCCCAGAGACUGUAGUUGCUGUUUUCAGUGUUUCUGAUUCAGAUUCUGGCGACAAUGGGAGGAUGGUGUGUUCUGUUCAGAAUGAUCUUCCAUUCGUUUUAAAGCCCACAUUUGAGAACUAUUACACUUUAAUGACAGAGGGGCCACUAGACAGAGAGAGCAGAGCUGAGUACAACAUCACCAUCACAGUCACCGACAUGGGCACACCCAGGCUCACAACACAGCACACCAUAACAGUGCAGGUGUCUGACGUCAACGACAACGCUCCAGCCUUCACACAAACCUCCUACACCCUGUUUGUCCAGGAGAACAACAGCCCCGCCCUGCACAUAGGCACCAUCAGUGCCACAGACUCAGACUCAGGCUCCAAUGCCCACAUCAUCUACUCUGUGCUGCCCACCCACGACCCUCAGCUGGCUCUUUCCUCGCUCAUCUCCAUCAAUGCCGACAAUGGGCAACUGUUCGCGCUCAGGGCGCUGGACUACGAGGCUCUGCAGGCCUUUGAGUUCCACGUGGGUGCCACAGACCAAGGCUCUCCUGCACUCAGCAGCCAGGCGCUGGUGCGAGUGCUGGUGCUGGAUGCCAACGACAAUGCGCCCUUCGUGCUCUACCCGCUGCAGAACGCCUCUGCACCCUGCACAGAGCUGCUGCCCAGGGCGGCAGAGCCUGGCUACCUGGUCACCAAGGUGGUGGCAGUGGACCGCGACUCUGGACAGAAUGCCUGGCUGUCCUUCCAGCUGCUCAAGGCCACGGAGCCCGGGCUGUUCAGCGUGUGGGCUCAUAAUGGCGAGGUGCGCACCUCCAGGUUGCUGAGUGAGCGCGAUGCUCCCAAGCACAGGCUGCUGCUGCUGGUCAAGGACAAUGGAGAUCCUCCAAGGUCUGCCAGUGUCACUCUGCAUGUGCUGCUGGUGGAUGGCUUCUCUCAGCCCUACCUGCCUCUGCCAGAGGUGGCGCGCGACCCCGCGCAGGACAAUGACGAUUUUCUCACACUGUACCUGGUUAUUGCCUUGGCUUCUGUUUCUUCGCUCUUCCUGUUGUCUGUGCUGCUGUUCGUGGGGGUGAGGCUGUGCAGGAGGGCCAGGGCGGCCUCUCUGGGUGCCUGCUAUGUGCCUGAGGGACACUUUCCUGGACACUUGGUGGAUAUCAGUCGCACUGGGACCCUGUCCCAGAGCUACCAGUAUGAAGUGUGUCUGACUGGAGACUCUGGGACUGGUGAGUUCAAAUUUCUCAAACCCAUGAUCCCUAACCUGUUUCAGGAUGCUGGGAGAGAAGUUAAGGAAAGUCCUCACUGCAGAGAUAGCUUUGUAUUCAGUUAACUGUUGUAGCUGUUUCAGUGAAUUUAUUUUUGACAAAUCUCUAGCAGCAUGGUUCUCUGAAGAAAGUGAAUCAUUUUUAUCUAAGUAUUAACAUUGUAAAUGAAGCAUAUGCAUGUCCUCCAUUUCUAUAAUAUUUUUUCUUGGUAUCUACUUUAGUAGUUUCAGGUAUAAUGAAUAUUAUGAACAAAAUUACACUAUAUUUCAUUUUAUGAUUUACUUAACUCAAGUAUUACACAAUAAAAUAAAUUUCACUUUA